AUGGUCAAGCCGAUGGUUCAACCGGGAAAUCAAGUUGAUAUUAGAGAAGGUGCCUUCACAAAAAGAUUGGUCAACAAAGCGGACGAUACACUGUGGGCAUACAGAACCGCCUAUAAGACACCUAUAAGCAUGUCUCUGUAUGCGUUUGUGUUUGGUAAAGCAUGUCAUUUACCACUUGAGUUGGAGCACAAAGCAUUGUGGGUGGUGAAAAAGCUUAACUUCGAAUUAAAGGAAGCAGGGGAAGCAAGAAAACUCCAAUUUGUCGAGCUUGAUGAGUGGAGAACGCAAGAUUAUGAGAAUGCCAAAAUUUACAAAGAACGAGCAAAAUUUUGGCAUGACAAACAGCUAUGCGGAAAGAAUCUCCACGUCAGACAAAAAGUCUUACUUUCAAUUCGUGGCUACAACUCUUUCCCGGCAAAUUAA